AUGAUGCUCAGACUUCGAAGCCGCGACGGCGUGGAGCGAGUCAUCGUCGAAAACCCGCACACCACCACAGUGUCCGAGCUCAAACGGAUCAUCGAAGCCCAAUUGAGAAUUCCGGUUCACAACCAAACCCUCUCGACCAACCAGAACCUUCUAUUAGCGAAAUCGCUUGAAGAUCUCCAUCGAUUCACGGAUAUGUCCAACCCCGAUGCCACUCUGGCUUCUCUGAACCUCGUUCACGGCUCCAUCGUCUUUUUGACCUACGAAGGUGAGCGACACGUACCCGGCCCCGCCUUCAACCCCGCGGGCUCUUUUGGCCGCAAGAUGACCAUGGACGACCUCAUCGCCAAGCAGAUGCGCGUCACGCGCCAGGAGAAUCCGCACUGCGAGCUCGUCUCCUUCGACCGCGACUGCGCCAACGCGUUCCAGCACUAUGUGAACGACACGCUCGCGUUCGCUGUCAAGCGCGGCGGCUUCAUGUACGGCACCGUUUCCGAGGAGGGGAAGGUCGAGGUGGACUUCAUCUACGAACCGCCGCAGCAGGGUUCGGAGGAGAAUCUCGUCUUUUUCAGGGACCCCGAAGAGGAGAAACUCGUGGAGGCUAUUGCGGCGGGGUUGGGGAUGAGGAGGGUUGGGUUCAUUUUCACGCAGACGAUAAGCCAGGACAAGAAGGAUUAUACUUUGUCGAAUAGGGAGGUGCUUCAAGCUGCGGAGUACCAUGCUGAGAGUGGGUUGAAGGAAUGGGUUACUGCGGUUGUUAAGCUUGAGGUGAAUGAGGAUAUGAGUGCGGAUGUGCAUUUUGAAGCGUUUCAGAUUAGUGAUGUGUGCGUGAGGUUGUUCAAGGAAGGUUGGUUUCAGACUGAGAUAAAGGAGGACGAUGAUCCCAAGUUAUCGAAGAUGAAGAAGGAUGUGGUUGUUGGGGUUAAGGAUACUAAAGAGGUUGAUAAUGAUUUCUUCUUGGUCGUCGUCAAAAUCUCUGAUCAUCAGGGUCCUCUUUCAUCAUCAUUUCCCAUUGAGAACCGGAACAGGGACACUCAAAUGACUAUGAAGGCUUUGAAGAAUCAUCUGGACAGGACAAAAAAUCUUCCAUUUGUGAAGCGAAUUUCUGAUUUUCAUCUUCUUCUUGUAUUGGCAAGGGUUUUAGACCUGAAUGCUGAUGUUCCUGCAUUGACGGAAUGUGUGCAGACACAGACUUCUAUACCAGAAGGUUACCAGAUCCUUAUUGAGUCUAUGGCAAACACAGCUUGA